UGUCACAGUGACAGCCGAGAGCCUGAGCGAUGCACCGCUAACCGCCAUGGAAACAAGGAGAAAUAAGAGCAGCUAGCGAGCUGCUCUCUCCCCCGCCUUUCUCUCUCCGCUGGAUUGCGAGCCUCAGACAGCCAGGCAGCAACAGCGCCUGGCAAACGCAAGGGAUCUCAGCUGGCAGCACGGAGAGUCUCUCGUGUUGUAGGAUAUCAAUAGAUACAUCUUUGUAUUAUAGACUGUUAGACACACGCAUGCACACCGACUCACACCCACACGUACAUGUGUGCUCAUCUAGACAGACUCUGGCUUUAAUACAAGUAUGUCGCUACCUGAACUAAGGAUUCCAAAUUACUGAGAUGCAAGAACUCCUCCAGCUCUGAAACUACUCUUAUUAUAGGGUCAUCUUGUCGUUCCUGCAAACACUAAUCAAUCAUGGGAUUUGAAGUUAAUACUACUAAAUAAAUGAAUUGUUUAAUCUCCUAUGACCAUCUAUACAUACUUCAUCUUCACAAAGCUCAUCAAUUUUAUGUCAUCAAGGACAAAGUGACCUUCAUUUCCACAAAAUGCUUCUUACUACUGGACAAGUUGGUUACAAAUUUAUCACUUAUCCUCAGGAAGGAAGUCCCUCGUGAUUGUCAUUUGAUAAACGCAAGAUUGUGCUGUAUUAAUUGACCAGGUCAUACUGAAUUCCAAGACUAUAAUUGAGGAAUACUAAAGGGUCUGUUACUUUCCUGAACAUUUGGGCUAAGAUGAAGGACCUGCAACUCAAAAUUAAUUUACUGCUUGGUCUAGUUACCACUGCUCUACUACAAGCCGUAGGACGAAAAGCCAACUGCCCAGAGUCAUGUAUAUGUGAAAUCAGACCAUGGUUCACCCCCAGGUCUGUCUACAUGGAAGCUCCAACAGUGGAUUGUAAUGAUUUAGGCCUUUUUCAUUUUCCAGCCAUGCUGCCUGCUGACACACAGGUUCUACUUCUACAAACUAAUAAUAUUGCAAAAAUUGAACACUCAGUAGACUUCCCAGUGAAUUUAACUGGUCUGGAUUUAUCUCAGAACAAUUUAUCCUCAGUGACCAGUAUUAAUCUUAGAAAGAUACCACAGUUACUGUCAGUAUACCUUGAAGAAAACAAACUUACUGAGCUCCCUGAAGAAUGUCUCUCUGGACUCAACAAUUUACAAGAGCUUUAUAUUAAUCAUAAUCUGCUUUCUGUGAUUGCACCAGGAGCUUUCAUAGGCCUCAAUAAUCUUCUCAGACUUCAUCUCAAUUCAAAUGGUCUGCAAGUGAUCAACAGAAAGUGGUUUGAAGCUACUCCUAAUCUUGAAAUUCUCAUGAUUGGAGAAAAUCCAAUAAUCAGAAUUGAAGACAUGAACUUCAAGCCUCUUAGCAAUCUGCGCAGCCUAGUUUUAGCAGGUAUAAAUCUCACUGAAAUACCAGAUAAUGCUUUGGCUGGCCUUGACAACUUAGAAAGCAUUUCCUUUUAUGACAACAGAUUUGUUAGAGUGCCCCACAUCGCUCUUCAAAAGGCUACAAAUCUUAAAUUUCUGGAUCUAAAUAAGAAUCCCAUUAACAGAAUACGACGAGGAGAUUUUAGCAAUAUGCUGCACUUAAAGGAGUUAGGAAUUAAUAACAUGCCUGAAUUGAUUUCUAUAGAUAGUCUUGCUGUUGAUAAUUUGCCCGAUUUAAGAAAAAUAGAAGCAACCAAUAACCCCAGAUUAUCAUACAUUCACCCCAAUGCAUUCUACAGACUUCCCAAGCUGGAGUCGCUCAUGCUGAACAGCAACGCGUUGAGUGCGCUGUACCGCAGCACAGUGGAAUCCUUGCCUAACCUCAAAGAAGUCAGCAUACACAGCAACCCCAUUCGGUGCGACUGCGUCAUCCGCUGGAUUAACAUGAAUAAAACAAACAUUCGCUUCAUGGAGCCAGAGUCCCUGUUUUGUGUAGACCCUCCUGAAUUCCAAGGUCAGAAUGUGAGACAGGUACACUUUCGGGAAAUGAUGGAAAUCUGUCUUCCUCUGAUAGCUCCUGAAAGUUUUCCAUCUACAUUGGAUUUAAAAGCUGGCAGCCAUAUUUCUUUGCACUGCAGAGCAACAGCAGAACCAGAACCUGAAAUCUACUGGAUAACACCAUCAGGACACAAACUUUUGCCUAAUACUAUUUCUGAUAAGUACUACAUUCAUUCCGAAGGAACAUUAGACAUAAGUGAUGUAACGCAAAGAGAAAGUGGCUUAUACACAUGCAUAGCAACAAAUUUAGUAGGGGCAGACUUAAAGUCAGUCAUGAUUAAAGUGGACGGUUCUUUUCCUCAGGAACACGAUGGAUCUUUAAAUAUUAAAAUAAAGGACAUAAAAUCUAAUUCUGUUUUGGUUUCAUGGAAAGCAAGUUCUAAAAUUCUGAAGUCCAGUGUCAGAUGGACAGCCUUUCCGAAAGCUGAAGGCUCCCGGGCUGCACAGAGUGCUCGAAUACCAUCUGAUAUAAAGGUGUAUAAUCUUACACACCUGAAUCCAUCAACUGAAUACAAAAUUUGUAUAGACAUUCCCACUAUCUAUUCUCAGAAUAGGAAACAGUGUGUCAAUGUAACCACAAAAGGACUGGACUUGGAAGUGAAAGGCUAUGAAAACAACAUAAUAGGAUUCCUUGCUGGCCUUGGUGCUCUUUUGGGAAUCAUAUCUGUGAUAUAUCUCUACAGCUGCAUCUCUCAAGAUAUGAACUAUGGCAUUAGACACAGCUAUCUAAGGAAUUACCUGAAGAAACAAUCCUUUUCACUCAAUGAGCUUUAUCCUCCUCUAAUCACUCUUUGGGACAUGGGCAAAGAAAAGAGCACAGCAAUGGAAGUAAAAGCAACUGUAAUAGGUGUACCAACAAAUAUGUCAUAAAUAUGUCAGUAUAUCACUUGCUUUCUGAAAUAAAAAGCACAUGACUCUAUUUGUGCUGAGUAAAAAGGCAACAAGAAAAACAUAUUUCUCUUAGGAACUAGAUGCCUGGACUUUGUUGCUGCCAACAAAUGGAAUAUAUAUGACUCAGUAUGAGAGAAGAAUUUUAAUUAACUGGCUUCUAAGGGUAUUCUUCCAACCAAAUAAAAUUAACUUCAUAUUCUAGAACUUUCAUGGGACUUUUAAGUCUGGAAUACAGUGGAAGUAGCCAAGAACAUUUUCUGUAUUUUUUUUUAAAUUAUUAUAUAAAAGUAGUGGAACUGAGCAAUACCUCCUCCUGUGCUGUAUUACACAAAAUAGCCACGAGUUUUUGCAGUGAACAGAUAUACUAGGAUUGACAUAUGGUGUAAUGAAAUGGACAAAUUCUGUA